AUGUCGUCUGCUGAAGCGGAACGAAGGCGCCGGGAAGCGCUCGCCGCUCUUAAAGAGAAGAAGCUAAACAAGCCCUCUGUCCAACCUAUAACUGUUGAAUCUUCGCCUGAAUCUCAUGUCCUUGUCCCACCAUCCUCUUCUCCCGCUCCUACGCCCAGUACCCAUCCUUCCAAAUACUUCAGCAACGGCAAUAAUAUCGCUCAGAAGCUGAACUAUGGAUCAGCUUCCUUAGCCGGUACCGGAGUUAUACCUUCUUCAGGUAUUGGACGUCGAUUCGACCAAACCGAUUCUCAAACUACAUUAACGGGAAGUCCGCAAGAUGUGUUGAAAGCUUUGCAUAGUCGGCAUGCACCUGAAUCAAGAUCAUCUACAGCUGUAGGAUCCACUUCCGCGUUCUCCUAUGACGCCUCGACUUCUCGGUCUACCAACAAUGCUUCUCUGUUAGAUUCACCUUCAUCACCUCAACCGCUAAGUAGGCUGAAAGCUAGGUAUCGUGAUCCCGACGAACCUGAUUCUCCCAUUCGAUCGACCAACGGGAACGGGAGUAUCAUCCCUUCAUCUCCUAUAUCGAAUUCUUCAGCUACAUCCCGUCAACCAAGUUUAGUUUUAGCUGCUCAGAAUCAAUCGAAAAGCCGUGAAGUCGAAAUCCAAAAUAUGGCCAAUAGACUAUCAAAUCAAUUUAGGAAUGUACAACCUCAACUGAUCUUAUCUCUUCUGAAGAAAUACCCAGAUAAUCACGAUAGAGCUAUCAAUCAGAUUCACGCAAUGAAUGAUCGACCUUCUUCACCUCUCAACACUACCUCCACACCGCCAAGGUUCGAAGCGUUCACUCCCAACAAGGUUAAACCACCUACGAUGAACCAAUAUAGACCUACGAUGGUAUCUAGACCUUCAUCUUCAUCUUCGGUGAUCCCACCCGCACCGAAAGUUCGAGUGAUCAAUCCUCCCAAGCCUAAGAAAAAUGCCAAAUCGACUAUAUAUGCCAAUCGGGCGAAUAAUGGGAAAAGAAGGGAUCCAGAUGAGAGUAGUUCAGGUGAAGAGGGAGAAGGGAUGUUCUCUGAUAAUGAUAGUGAAGGAUCUUGGUCGGGAGAUGAAGGUAGGAAGAAGAAGAGAAGAAAAGGUGAUCCCGAGGUUGAUGCUGAGGGAGAAGCGUUGAAGGCUUUCAAUGAGGUGGAUGCGGAUAUGUUGACUGGGACUAUCGCCUGUAGCGCCGAACAAGCAGCUAUCAUCAUCAAGCUACGACCGUACGAAGACGUCGACGACGCGAGGCAUAAACUUACAAAAGCCCGAGGCGUAUCGUUCAAAUUGUUCGAACAGUAUACAGAGAUCAUGGAGGGAUACGUACAGAUCGACGCAUGUCUCAAUAGAUGUGAAGCUAUAGCCAACGAUGUAGGAAAUACCCUAGCUGUUUGGAGAGGAGCAUCAAUGGCCCAGGACAGUGUAGUUGGGACACCUCGGUCCGACGGAUUGAACGACGUUAAAGUGGAUGUCGCGAAGGUAUCAGAGCUGCUGAGGAAAGAAACGGAUAUGAAGAAGAGGAAGAUUCUAUCAAGUUACAUACAAACUCAACCUUCCACCUUGAGUGAGGGAACGAUAUUGAAAGAUUAUCAAUUGUUGGGCGUAAAUUGGUUGAAUUUGCUUUAUUCAAAAAAGAUCGGUUGUAUCCUAGCGGAUGAAAUGGGUCUCGGUAAAACAAUCCAGGUGAUAUCGUUCAUUGCUCAUCUCAAAGAGAGGGGUAUCAAAGGUCCACAUAUGAUCUUCGUACCCGCGUCCACACUCGAAAAUUGGACUAGAGAAUUUGAAAGAUUCGCUCCAUCCGUAGAUGUCCAGACUUAUUACGGCUCACAAGCUGAACGUGCCAGUCUGAGAGAUGAUCUGAAAAGGCGGUUCAGAUCAGGAAGACUGGAAGUGGUUUUGGCUUCGUACACUCAGGUCGCUUCCAAUGACGAUCUAGGAUUCUUCAGGAAAAAGAUCGAGUUUGAAACAUGUGUAUACGACGAGGGCCACAAGCUCAAGAGUUGUACUACCAAAGCCUACAGCGAUCUUCUUUCGAUUAAACCUAACUGGCGAUUACUCCUUACUGGAACACCAUUGCAGAAUAAUCUGCAAGAGCUAGUGUCUCUCUUGAUGUUCAUUCACAAAGAUACCUUUGCCGAUGCCGAACCAUACCUACGAGCCAUAUUCAAAUCCCAAGGAUCUGCCAACCUGCUAUCACAGCAGCGGACCUCAAGAGCACGAACAAUGUUAACUCCAUUCGUGCUUCGUCGACGGAAAGCUUUGGUAUUGAACUUACCUCCGAAGAUCGAAAGCGUCGAGCAUUGCGAGAUGACCAAGGUCCAAGCCAAACUAUACAACGAAACGAUGAACCGAUCUCGAAAAGUUUUACAGGAACUUACAGAUGAUGCAUUGGAGAACGAAGCUGCAUUGGUCGAGGAGACCGAACAGAAACCUAAUGCGAAGAAAGCGACUAAAGCGAAACCGAAAAAGGGACAAAUCACCCCGGCAGCGAGCAGUUCGAAUAUUCUAAUGGAUCUCAGAAAAGCCGCUAGUCACCCAUUACUAUUCAGGAGAUUGUAUACAGAUGCCAAAGUCAAGAAAUUGGCUAAAGAGUGUUUGAACACCCCAAGUUAUUGUGAUAGUAACUUGAAUUAUGUCAUUGAAGAUUUGGAAUUCAUGAGCGAUUAUGAAAUUUCCAAUUUCUGUUCGUCCUCUAUAGAAGAUGAAUUGCGAAAAUACGCUCUGGAUCCCGAACUUUUCCUUGAGGGAGGAAAGAUCGCUGCUUUGCAGAAGAUCAUCGAGAAAUGUAAGAAAGAGGGUAAGAGGAUGUUAUUGUUCUCUCAAUUCGUGAUGAUCCUUGAUAUACUGGAAAAAGCGCUUGAACAUCUGGGUGUCAAGUAUACUCGAUUGGAUGGACAGACAAAAACCGAUGAAAGGCAGGGACUGGUAGAUGAGUUUAACGAUGAUCCGGAAAUCACCGUUUUCUUACUGUCCACAAAAGCCGGUGGUGUGGGAAUCAACCUCACUGCUGCGUCUGUCGUGGUGAUCUAUGACCAAGACUUCAAUCCUCAUAAUGAUCGUCAAGCGGCAGAUAGAGCUUAUAGGAUCGGUCAGGAGAAGGAAGUGGAGGUGAUCAAGCUGAUAACAAAGGGAUCUAUUGAUGAGGAUAUGUUAGCGAUAGGAAUGACCAAACUCCAACUGGACGACGCUGUAGGAGGCGAAGAGAUUACCCUUGACGGAGCAGAUAAUUCAGGUCAAGAUGAUAAGACUGCCAAAGAAACUAGAAAAUCCCUGUUAACUACGUUAAGGAAUAAAUUCGUAGCUGAUGAUGAUGUGGUUAAGAUGGAGGGUAUCAAAGAAGAAGAUGAGGUACAAAUCACGGGAAGUGUGAAGAAAGCUAGAGGGAAGGUCGUUGAGGUGGAUUAG